AUGUCAAGCCUUCAAAACGGCAUCUCCAACAGCGAGCACCCUGUCGUCGAAACACCGGUCGCUGUCUCUACUUCGUCCCUUGACAAUGCCAACACCGAGUCCGAGAUUCGUGAAGCGCUCGCCUCCCUGCAUGCCCACGAGGCUUCUAUAACGUCCCGCCUCGAUGCUCUCGUGGCUUCACAGGCUGAUCUAUCCCGCGACCUUGGGCGGCUGGAUCUGCUGCGGGCUGGACUUGGAGCGCAGGUCAUCGCCGCACGUUCAAUUGGGAAUGACAUGCUAGCAACGGCAGCAGAUACGGCUGGUCGACUGAGUGACAGAGUCAAAGAGCUGGAUCUCGAAAAGAGCAGAGUUGAAGAAACGCUGGGUGUGGUGGAGCAGGUCGCGGAGCUCAAGGCAUGUGUCAAUGGUGUGGUGGGUUCCAUGGGAGCACCCCAAGACUGGGAGGCUGCUGCUGGAUACAUAUCGAGAGCAAGCAAGGUACCAGAAGAGAUCACAAAGGGUUCGUUCGCUGUUGGCAUAGUACCCAGCGUCGAAGUCCCCGACCCGCCAUGGGUGACAUUGGAAGAAGCCAAGGAGAGUUUAUGCGGCCUCUUCUUGAGAGAGUUUGAAAAGGCGGCAGAGGAGAGUGAUGGCACGAAAGUCACUAGAUUUUUCAAGCUCUUUCCCCUGAUAGGAAGAGCUGAGGUCGGAUUGGAUGUCUACGGAAGAUAUGUGUGCCAGGGAGUCGCUGGAACCGCUCGAGCGACACUCAAAGACGCCAUGAACGGACAGCGUAGGGAAGGCUUCUUUUAUGCUAACGCCUUGACGAAGUUGUUCGAGCACAUCGCCCAGAUUGUCGAAGGCCACGGCGGGCUUGUGGAGCGUCAUUAUGGCUCUGGAAAAAUGGUUCGUGUUAUUGAACGUUUGCAGAUGGAAGCGGAUGUCCAGGGUGGUAUCAUUGUCGACACCUGGAGCGACGAAAGAGGAAUUGAUAGGAAACUCACCGACGUCAGAAGCUACCCAUUCUCGUUUCUAGUCCAGAGCUUUUUACCACAGCCCCCUCGCGGUGGCACACCGAGGGUGAACUCGCCAGCCAUAGGGGUAGGCAACAAUCCCCGAGAAAGUGAGGAUGAGGGUGUCAAUAUGAGAGAAGUUGACGGCCUCCUGAGUGAGAUUGCGGUGAUGCUUGGACGCUGGUCAUUGUACACUCGAUUCCUCGCCGGCAAGUGCAAGAACCCCGACACACCAGAUGAGGCACCUCUUGUCAUACCAGACGUACUGGUCAAGUCAAAUCUGUACCGAAAAGUAUCUACCAAGCUCACAUCCCCUUACAACGUCAUGACCACUUUCUUCUUCCGCCGUUCUGUCGAAAAGGCGUUCCAGCUGGAUGAAUAUCCUAGCGGUCUGUCAUUAAGCUUGAGCAGGCAGAUCGAGGGCAACGCCCCGUACAUUAUAUUAGCAGUGGACGAUGUCAUGUACAUUGUGAAUGCGGUCAUUCAGAAAUCUAUUUCAACGUCACAAAGAGAUGUCAUUGCGUCUGUCGUCCCGACAGUUGGCCGAGUGCUUGGCUCCGACUUUGUUGGUAUGAUCCAGCGCAAGAUGAGAGAUGAAUCGUAUCCUAGACCGGUCGUCCAGGGAGGAUUCCCACCUGAGGACAAGAUCAUCCAGUUCAUCGUUCUUAUCAACAGUCUGGACAUGGCCAACGAGUAUUUGACCCGAAUUAUCACGGGACGAAUAGGGGAAUCGAGUCAUCUGCCCAACGGCAAUGCCCAAAACGGGCCCCUCAAGGAUUCGUUCCCAUUUGAGCGAGAUGUUGUAUUUGUUGCAAACGCGCUACACACUCUUCAGACUUCGUUCAUUGGAAAAACGACCGAGCUGCUCAACGAGGGAAUCCAGGUACUCUUCAACCAGGUUGUCAAGCUCCGUUUAAGGCCGGUCCUGACAGAUACAUUCCGUGAUGCGGACUACACAUUGUCGGAGGAUGACAUUGCAGAUAUAGCGCAGCAGAACGACGAAGACGAGGAUGAACUUCUGGAACAAGUACCCCGACUGUUUGAGCAUGGUUGGGAUCAACUCAUGAAGCCAAUUGCACGUUUGAUGACACCUGGGACAUACACCACUCUCCUUGACACCACGGCACGCUACCUCUCCAAGAUAUGGGAGAAGAAGAUCAUGGGUUAUGUGGGCCGCACAAAUGCUCUUGGUGCAAUCAGACUGGAGCGUGAUUUUAUCGCGUUAGUAGAUGUCGUAUCUCGUGGGGACUACGCCGUGAGAGAGAUCUUCGCCAAGGUCCUGCAGAUACUUAUGGUAGCCAACAUGGAAGAUGACGAGUGGGAUGAGGUUAUGGCCCAAGAUGGAGAAGACGAUGCCAUCGAGUGGGUUUUGACUGAGGAGGAGAGGAGGCGGGCGAGAAGUUUGGUUAGAGGAUGA